UUCGUUCCUACUGCGCAAAGUUACAAUAUCUCCGUUAAAACUAUUGAAUAAAUCCAAGCAUGAUUGAAUAGAUGGAUAAUCAUGCAGAAUAUGAUCUGAUUCUCAGUUUCUUCUCUUCCACUGGUGAGACCGAGGAAAUGUAUUCAAAACAGACUUCUUGGGACAUUUAAAAAAACUGGACAUUUUCUUUAGAAACUGAUGGCUUCAUAUGGUGUUUUUCCGACGUGGAACUUUUUAUGCUGAGGUCGUUUUGACUACUUUCUGCUUUACACGGAAGAGUAGUUUUGGUUCGGCUGGUGCGCGUAUGGACGGACCUGACGGACCUUCAGCAUUUUGUUGAACGCUUUUCAGAUCUGUUCGGUUUCCAAUGAUCUCAUGGAUCUCACAUGUUUUGAGCUCGUUUUACAUAUGCAUUUUCAGCCGAUUUUAUUCUUUAGCUUUUACCGACUUAAAAAUAAUAUAUUUACAUUUUGACGGGUCAGUGUGUUUGCGCAUCUCCAAGCGCGUAUUUGUUCGACAACGGAAAGCGGGCACCUAUUCAACUGAGGACUAGCAUUGUAUUCAGUGUAAAAGCUUUAUUGUUAACAGUCUGUUUGCCAAGGGAAAUACCUGCAGUUAUGCCAUUUUUUGCCAAAAAAGAGCCCCUUUUCUCAUUUAACUGAUUAUAUAAAAGGAAAAAUGUUUUUGGAUGGAUUAAGCUAUCAGACUUUGAGAUACAAGCCUCCAUCAAGACACAUCUGUUAAUCUUGGAUCUUAAAUAUGACCAUGAAGCCGUCUCCAAAGAGUUGGACAAAUCUCAAUUCUAGCAUUAAAAUAUGCAACCAUACUAUCCCAGGGUGUCCUCCUUACUCCCCCGAAGUCACCGCUACAUUUGCCACUGCCAUGACACUCAUAAUGCUCUUCACCAUCUUCGGGAACAUCUUGGUGAUCAUUGGCGUCUUGACAUGCCGUUCUCUGCGAGGACCUCAAAACCUCUUCCUGGUCUCCCUGGCUGCAGCUGAUAUCCUGGUGGCCACCCUCAUUAUCCCAUUUUCCCUGGCCAACGAGCUGAUGGGCUACUGGUACUUCAGUUCGCUUUGGUGCGAGAUCAUCUUGGCUUUGGAUGUGCUCUUCUGCACAUCGUCCAUCAUGCACCUGUGCGCCAUCAGCUUGGACCGCUACCUGUCCAUCUCGCGGCCGGUGCAGUAUGCCUCCCAACGCACACCUCGCAAGAUCAAAGGAGCCAUUGUGGUAGUGUGGCUCAUCGCUGCAGUCAUUUCUUUCCCCCCGUUGGUCUCUAUGAAAAAGACCCAAAAGGAUGAGCCAAAGAAUGGAACCUACCCAGAGUGCAAACUCAAUGAAGAGGCAUGGUACAUCCUCUACUCCUCCAUUGGGUCGUUCUUCGCCCCUUGCAUCAUCAUGAUCUUGGUGUACGUUCGAGUCUAUCAGAUUGCCAAGAAGCACACUCGAUGUCCUCCAGGGGAGCCCAGGAAGGAUGUCGUAGUUGCCAACCCACAGGUUAUCCAAGAAAAGGUGCUGCAGAAUGGCAAAGAGCAAGAAAGUGUGGCCCAAGCAAAUGCCCCAAAUCUGGCUGUCCGAUCCUCUGUCCUGCUGGCCUCCAGAAGUCAAAUGCCCACAAGCCAGCCUUCGCUGCCUCCCCUUGAGAGUAGUCAACAGAUAAAACACUCACAGAGAAACAAGGACAACAACAACGAUGACAGUUCAAGCUCUGGCUCAGAUGUAGACGUGGUGGGGGGACAUAAUGCCAAUGGGACAUCCUCUAAUGUGGGAGCGCUGGAGCCAGGACACCAAACUUCCUCAGUGACUCAAACUUACAAGGACAUGAUCGCUACAACACAGGGCAGCCAAUUGACAUCUUCUAACAUGAAACCAGUAGGAACUCCUAACACCAGGAGAAAGGCCAUGAUUGUUCGGGAGAAACGUUUCACCUUUGUUCUCGCAGUUGUUAUCGGAGGAUUUGUCAUCUGUUGGUUUCCGUUCUUCUUCAGCUACAGUUUGCAGGCCAUAUGUCCAGAAGCUUGUAAACUGCCAGUACCACUUUUUAAAUUCUUCUUCUGGAUUGGCUACUGCAACAGCGCUCUAAACCCGCUCAUCUAUACCAUCUUUAACAGGGACUUCCGAAAAGCUUUCAAAACGAUUUUGAGUAAAAGAUGUAAGGAUUGUUCUUUGUAAAAGUUGACACACCUUUCAAAAGCAGUUUUAUACAGUACAGGAACAUUGAUUCAUUACAGGGUGAAUCUCAUGUCCAGGUCAUAUUUAACCACAAAGUCAAAAGAGAAAAAGUAUUUCAGAAAAUAUAUAUUUGUGCAGAUUUACCUUCCAACUUACCUUUAAAUUUCUUGAUGAUUCUCAUUACUGAAUUAUAGUAUGUUCAAAAAGUAAUAAUUUCAUUUGAAAUAAAAAUGAUAAAGCAUAUAUUAAAGGAAUGAGAACAAAUACUGCUAUGCUGUAUAAAUACUUGACAAUUGAAAUAAUAUACCACUAUCUUUUUAGCAUUGCAGUAAGUUGGAUAAAUUACUAUCAUAGUAUUAGGGGCUUUCUUUGUCCAAACUUCCAAUUUAAAAUGAAUCCACUCAACUGGUGCAGAAGUUUGAGGGAUAUUCUGAUGCACAUAUAUCCAAUAAUGAUCUAUAAAACAAAGAUUAUUGAUGAUGAAAUAAAGUAAUUUCUAUCGGGAAGACACGCAGGCUUGAGUGAAGUUUAAGAUGCCAUUUAUUUGAUAAAUGUAGAACAGAAAGUAAUGUCUCUCUCUUUGGCGUAGGCCCCAUCCGGCGGUCCGAGGGAGUUGUACCCGGAACCGUCAUGUCCUGCCGGAGAUAGGAGGCAGGGGCGAGGAGCCUACCCCGUGCGGGACAGGGCUCAACUGGUGGUGGUGGGGUGGUGGAGGUUGCCGUGUUAGCACACUGAAACAGCAAUGUGAUAGAUUGUGAGCAGACUUAUAAAGCAAUGGCUUACAUGUGAUUGGCUAGGAAUUACCCAGCUAAUGAUGUGAUGAUGUACAGCUGCUAGUCUUCCCGCUAGAACUACGCUACGCUUCCAUUUAUUUUCCAAAAAUAAGGUUCAAAUUACAUCUUUACGAAAUGCGGUUGAAAGGGUGUAUGCUCUCCACUUUCACACCUGCCUUUCCUCUCUCAACUUCCUUCUCAUUUACAGGCUGAUAUUAAAAUAAAAUUCAUCAUUGCAUAAAUUCCUAAAUAUCAAGACCUAUAAAUCAUCAUAAAACUAUACAUUUUACAAUUUCCUAAGCACACCACCAAUUCAUUUAACAAACAAAUAAACAAAUUUAAACUUGAAUGGAUCCAAAGCUCAUUAAUAAAAAUGGUCCUAAAAAAGGAGAUAUAUUUAGCAGAAGGUCCAAGCAAAUCUUUUCCAUAUGAUAGAAAUGGAUGUGGAUGUGGAGUUCUAUUGUUCUGAAAAGAACAGCUUAGAAGUUUUGCUUUAUAACUUCUUUGCAUUCCAUAAAUGAAAUAUGAGUGAGUAAAUUAUGAGAGAAAGAAAAUUAUGGUUUCGUAUUUUGAUUGUGGUAUGGCCUGGACAACCUUGAUUUAUGAGAUUCAUUAAAGUAAAUGUUCUCAUUCUUUUUGUACUUCCAAUGAGUACUGUAUCCAGAUGGUGAAUAGAAGGUAUUUGCCAAAAUUAUUUCUGGGUAUGCUAAACUGAUCAGAUGAUUAUUGAGAAAGCAGAUCAACUUGGCAACCAUUUUCUUUUUGCAUUUAUCUGCACAGCAUAAGAUUGUACUAUUGUCUCUCUGGAGAUGGUCUGGCCUUCAGGCUGUUUGUUGAGCUGACCUACCAGUGUACUUUCAAAGACAAUGCAGCUCUUUUCUUGGAGACACCUCUGGCUCUGCAUUGCGAGAUCAGAGAGCUGGAGCUGAGAAGAUUUCAGAGUGCUUUACCUUACUGGGAAAGUGCUGCAAGCUCUUAAAGCCCAAGAGAGGUAUUCCGUCUCAGGAGCGGGAGAGAAAAAGAAAGUUAAAGAGGAAGAGAUAUGGGUCUAUACAAGCUUUAAAUGAAUGGUUCACCAGAAAAUGAAUAUUCAUCCUCUAGAAGUUUAAAGCCAAUGACUUUCUUUCUUCUGUGGAACUCAAAAGGAGAAUUGUGAUGAAUAUACUGGUCACUCUUUUCCAUGAAAUUACAAUGAAUGGAAACUGGAGUUUUUCAGUUUCAAACAUUCAAAGUCUUCUAAUGCCGUUUGAUAGCUUUGUGAUAACGGACUGAAUGUAAGUUGUUAUUCACUGGAAAUCCUGACAUCUGUUGAGAGAAGUAGCAAUGAGCGCUUUUACAUGCACAUUCAUACAUCUAUUAGGCUUAAUAAUCUGACAACAUGCGUGGUCAUGUAAACAGAUUAAACAGCAUUACUUUAACGGUGUAGGGUCAUGAAUGGCUUAAGAAUAAACUGAUCAACACAUGUAAAUUUUUGCCCAUUACCCUGAUUGUGCUUUGUAUGUAAACACAUUUACUGGCAUUCUUAACGGCUUAUCCAAUGAAUGCAAGUGUUGUGAGCAUGCCUCAUCACAUACUGACGUCAUAAGCGGAGAAUAAAAGGGAUUAUUUCCGAUCCCAUGUAAGCAUGGUUUUCUUGUUUUGUCAGAUUUUUAUAAAUAAGCUUAUUAUUGGGAGUUAUCAGCAUAUUAGUGUGCAUGUAAAUAGCUGUAUUGUCUAAAGUCUGGACGAUUUGUUAACUAAUAAGACAUUGCUACAUCUCUUAUGAGCACGCUUAAGCCUUUUUGGAUGAAUUAUUCUUUUGAAAUUUUAUCUGAACAUCCUCUGCUUAAGAUAAAGCAUGGCACUGACUUCAUCUGAUAUUUUUGGAUUAUAGAUUUCAUUAAUGAAUAACAGAUUUCCAGAAAUCCAGUUUCAAGAUAAAGGUCUGCUCAGAACCUCUAUUAUAGUUUAUUGUGACUGAUUCUGAUGUUGGAAAUGGACUGAUAUGGAUGUUUAAUGUCCUCUCCCAGUGUCCUUUUGUGUAUAUAAGAGAGGGGGCAAUUAUGUAAACAAUGAAUGCACUGAUAAAUGCCUCUUGAAACUAUUUUUAUUAUUUUUGUGCUGUCACUAGAAGUCUUGUGUGCUUUCGAUUUGCUUCUAAAUAGUAUUGGUCAGUAUGUUUGUGUGCACACAGAUAAGUAGAACUAGGCAUGUACCAGCAUGUCUUUUGACUGUAAAGCUGCUUUUCCGAGUUUGGUUCCAUUUAAGCGUCAUGCCGAAAUGAAUUGUUGCCAUAUACCAAAUGGAUUUGUGGAAAUAAAUUUGCAUUUCAUUC